UCUCCCUUGCUGUGUACGCUUCCUCUGUGUGCAUGUGUCUUGUAGGCUGCCUGGGCCUGUGCUUUCUCUCUCCCUCUGAUGGCCCUCUGUCUCACCCUUUCCGCCCAGACCCGCACAGUCCACCUGCUGCUGCGCUCGCGGCCGUUCACACAACGUUCUAGAGCGGCACGUCCCUGGGCGGCGGCGCAGGCGCACUCCCGCAAGCCGACCGAGGAGCCAGCGAUUCGGUAUUUCGGGACGAGCCGGUUGUGUUCACAGACUUAUUCCAUGGUACCUUCAGGAACAGGAAUUGUUCUUGACUCUCAAAUAAAUUCAUCAAAAGUAAUGGACAUGAACAAGUUGCGAUGGAAUUUAACACCAGAUCAAAUCAAAUUUCAGACAGAUGCCCUCAUUUGUAAAACCAAGCAAGUAUAUGACAGUGUUGGAGCAUUAGAUAUUGAAGAAGUCACAUAUGAAAACACAUUGAAGGCUCUAGCAGAUGUGGAAGUCGAAUAUGCUGUGGAUCAUAGCAAUCUGACGUUUCUAAAACAUGUUUCUGAGCACAAAGAUGUGCGUGCUGCCAGCACUGAGGCAGACAAGAAGCUUUCAGAGUUUGAUGUGGACAUGUCUAUGAGAGACGAUGUGUUUCAACGCAUUGUGGCUCUACAGGAAAAGUGUGAUCCUGAGGCCCUGAAGCCAGAGGCUAAGCGAUACAUAGAAAGACUGCUGAAAGUGGGAAGAAGAAAUGGAUUACACCUUCCAAAAGAAACCCAAUUAGAACUCAAAACCAUCAAGAAGCAAAUCAGCGAGCUCUGUAUUGACUUCGACAAGAAUCUCAAUGAGGACACUACUGUCCUUUUGUUCACCAGGGAUGAACUGGGGGGCCUCCCAGAUGACUUUCUUGAUGAUUUGGAAAAGGCUAGUGAUAAUAAAUACAAGGUGACCUUGAAGUACCCUGACUACAUGCCCAUCGUUAAAGAGUGUUAUUUGCCUGAAACCAGAAGAAAAAUGGAAGCAGCUUUUAAUUCUAGAUGUAAAGAGGAAAACACAAGAAUUCUUGAAAAGCUGAUUCCACUUCGAGCAAAGGCAGCGGAAUUACUGGGCUUUCGUUCACAUGCUGACUUCGCACUUGAGAUGAACGUGGUCAAAAAAGUGCAAAAUGUUGUCAAAUUCUUAGACGAAUUAUAUCAGAAAUUGAAACCUUUAGGUGAGGAGGAAAGGCGAUUCAUUUUAGAUUUAAAGAAGAAAGAAUGUGAAAAGCGUGGAUUCAAGUUUGACAAGAAAAUAAAUGCAUGGGAUAUGCUUUAUUAUAUGACACAGACUGAGAAAAUCAAAUAUUACAUUGACCAGAAUUAUCUGAAGGAGUUCUUCCCUAUCGAAGUAGUAACUGCAGCACUAAUGAACAUCUACCAGGAAUUGUUGGGACUGACUUUCCACAAAUCAGAGAACGCUCACACCUGGCAUGAGAGUGUAACUGUGUACACUGUCCAGGAUGCUGCUACGUGUGAUGUUCUGGGACAGUUUUAUCUCGAUCUCUAUCCAAGAGAUGGGAAGUAUGGGCAUGCAGCUUGUUUUGAUCUCCAGCCUGGAUGCCUACUGCCCAAUGGAACCAGACAGGUGGCAAUAUCAGCUAUGAUAGCAAAUUUCACCAAACCAACAUCUGAUGCUCCCUCCCUUCUCCGGCAUGAGGAAGUUGAGACUUACUUCCAUGAAUUUGGUCAUGUAAUGCACCAGAUCUGUGCCCAGGCUGAUUUUGCCAUGUUCAGUGGAACUAAUGUGGAGACAGAUUUUGUGGAGGCCCCUUCCCAGAUGUUAGAGAACUGGGUUUGGGAGAAGGAACCGCUCAAGAGAAUGUCGCACCAUUAUAAAGAUGGGUGUCCUAUUCCAGAUGAUUUACUUGAGCAACUUAUUCAAUCGAGACAAGCUAAUGCUGGUCUUCUAAAUCUGCGGCAAAUUGUUUUGAGUAAGUUUGACCAGUCAAUUCAUACAAAGUCAUCUGCUAAUACAGCGGAGGAAUACGCCAAAAACUGUGAAGAAAUUCUUGGAAUACCAGCAUCACCAGGAACGAAUAUGCCUGCUACUUUUGGGCACCUGGCAGGUGGCUAUGAUGGUCAGUACUAUGGGUACCUAUUCAGUGAAGUUUUCUCAAUGGACAUGUUCUACAGCCUCUUCAAAAAUAAUCAUAUAAUGGAUCCUAUGGUUGGUGUGAAGUACAGGGAUUGUAUCCUCAAACCGGGGGGAACUUUAGAUGGCAUGGACAUGCUCAAAAACUUCCUUGGACGUGAACCGAAUCAAAAGGCUUUCCUUCUGAGCAAAGGAUUGAUGAUUGAUCAACAACAGUGUUCUUCUGGUGAAACUUAAAUUUAUGCACCAAGAGUAAGAUAUAUGUGCAAAUGAAUGGAGUUACAUUUCACUGAUACUAUUAUGCAAGUUUACCCCUUAAGUGUAUUAUACCAAUAUCUGUUCGCAUUCUGGAAAGCAUAAUGGAUAACUGAGGCAUUUGUAUAAAGUAAUCAUUGGAAUUAAAAGAAAGAGAUCACAAAUCGCAAAGCUCAGUUUGGCUGUAAUGUUCACCCGAAUAAAAAAAAUGCAGUUCUA